UCUCUUUUUCCUUUUCCACCAGUGCCUGUGUUUGUCACCCACCUAUGAACUGGCGCUUCAGACUGGCAGUUAUUGAGCAGAUGGGCAAAAACUACCCUGAAGUCAAACUAGUUUACGCCAUACGAGGAAAUAGGCUGCAGCGAGGCGUGAAGCUUCAGGAACAGAUAAUCAUUGGCACGCCCGGCACCAUGCUGGACUGGUGCAGCAAAUUGAAGUUCAUUGAUCCCGAGAAGAUUCAGGUGUUUGUGCUGGAUGAGGCCGAUGUCAUGAUCGCAACGCAGGGUCACAAAGACCAGAGUAUUCGCAUCCAGAGGAUGCUGCCCAGAAACUGCCAGAUGUUGCUGUUCUCAGCUACGUUUGAGGAGACCGUGUGGGACUUCGCCAGGCGCGUCGUGCCUGACCCAAAUAUCAUCAAAUUGAAAAGAGAGGAGGAGACGCUGGAUACUAUCAAGCAGUACUAUGUGUUGUGCAACAGCAAGGAGGAAAAGUUUGAAGCCCUGUGCAACAUCUAUGGCGCCAUCACCAUAGCCCAGGCUAUGAUUUUCUGCCAUACAAGGAAGACCGCAGGCUGGCUGGCGGGAGAGCUUUCCAAAGAGAACCACCAGGUGGCGCUGCUUAGCGGGGAGAUGCAAGUAGAGCAGAGGGCAGCUGUCAUUGAACGCUUCCGGAAUGGAAAGGAGAAGGUGCUUGUCACCACAAAUGUCUGUGCCAGAGGUGAGGGACCCAUGCAAGAUAAUUAUGAAAUAUGUAGAUAUUUAACAAUUAUUUAGUCUUCCACUUCUCCCUAUCAAUUGCUUUUGUAAUAUUGUUUUAACAUGUAUUCUGACUGUCAACACCCUGUAUGCUAUUAGAGAAGAUACCGUAUGUAUUCUUCAUACAUUGAAAAUAUUAACGUCAAUUUCCCCUAUCACCUCUCGCCUUUUUUUUUCCUUUUUUUUCUGUCCACCAGGAAUUGAUGUGGAGCAGGUAUCGGUGGUGAUCAAUUUUGACCUGCCUGUAGACCAGGAGGGUAACCCAGACAACGAGACCUACCUUCAUAGGAUUGGCCGCACGGGUCGGUUCGGCAAAAGGGGGCUGGCCAUCAACAUGGUGGACAGCAGAAUGAGUAUGAACAUUCUCAACAGGAUCCAGGAGCAUUUUAGUAAGUAGUUAUCCUUGCCAUUAUCUAUUGCAUUGGCCAGGUUCAAUGUAAUAUAUAUGUUUGCAUUUUUAUUCGUCCACUGGCAGAAAAAAAACACUCGCUGGUUUUCUCUUUUCCAGAUAAGAAAAUUGAAAAACUCGACACACACGAUCUGGAUGAAAUUGAGAAAAUCGCCAACUGAAAGACAAGUGUGCUGACAAAGUGGACGCCAGCUAGACUUGCGCUCUGCAAAGACUGUAUGCUUCUUUAUGCUGGCUUUUUAAGUUUGUAUUUUAAGCCGUUAGGGUGGAGGGGGCAAAACCACAUAUACUGCACGUUUACAUACACUUCAGUCUGUGGAACAUACCCUAUUUCACUCUUUUUACUAUAAUAUUUUAUUUUGUAAUGCUGAAAAAGCUUAACUGUCAAGUAACUCCUAAAACCCCAUUUGACUCUGCUUUUCAUACAUAUAUGAACAUUUUUCAUGAAUGUAUCCUCUUUAGGUCAUUACAACAUUGACAGUGUGUGGAAAGGGUGAAGUUGGGUAUACUGCUGCUCUGAGUGCAGGGGUGUCAUUUUGGGUGAUGACUGAUGGAUGGAUUUUAGGGUCUAUGCAAAUUUAGAGUAUACUCACAUGAAAGAAAUGAAAUUAACCUCAAUUUAUCUUCAGGGUGCGUAGCCAAAUGCCAAAAUGGAGAUGACCUACUAAUAACUCCUCAACAUUUUAGAUCAUUCUGGAGUAAAGCCCAGUCACGCGUCCCUCACAAUUUUAUUUAUAGAGUAUUAAGACUACUCAGCUGUAACAUGUAGUUGUUUUUAAACAUUUUUUGCCUACCUAUUCCACAACUUCCCACUUACCACAAACUUCACAUCUUUUAUUUUGAAAUUCAACCAAAAUUCUCUAAAAUUUCGUUUUUCUACUCUAAUUUCCACAUUUUUCAACCGAUUCAACCCAUUCCAACUUUCAAGUGUUCAUCUUUUGCCUACCUGUUCCACAUAUUCCCACUUACCAAAAAUUCCAAAUUUUCAAAUUUGAAAUUCAACCAAAUUCUCCAAAAUUUCGUUUUUCUACUCUAAUUUCUACAUUUUUCAACCGAUUCAACCCAUUCCAAAUGUAUUCACUUAAUUCACCUUAUGCUUCCCACAUUCACUCCCAUUCACCCCCACUUCCACUAUGCUUACACAAUUCAACCCUUGACCCCCAAUUCCAGUGUGGCGGCCAUCUUGGAUGACCCUGAAGUGCCACCAAUGAACCCAGAAUGAACCGGAAGUGCCCUAAAUCAAACCGAAAGUGACCCCAAAUAGACCGGAAGUGACCCCAAAUCAAACCGGAAGUGACCCCAAAUGUACCAGAAAUGACCUUUUUAGACCGGAAAUGACCCCAAAUAAACCGGAAGUGACCUCAGACGAACCGGAAGUGACCCAAAUUAAACCGAAAGUGACCCAAAUAAACCGGAAGUGACCCAAAUCAAACCGGAAGUGACCCCUAAUAGACCGGAAGUGACCUCAGGUGAACCGAAAGUGACCCCAAAUGAACCGAAAGUGACCUUUUUUGACCAGAAGUGACCCCGAAUAAACCGGAAGUGACCUCAGCUAAACCGGAAGUGACCUGUAGUAAACCGGAAGUGUCCCAAAUAAACCGGAAGUGACCCAAAUUAGACCGGAAAUGACCCGAAUCAAGCCGGAAGUGAACUUAUUUCAACACUAAGUGCCCCAAAUAGCUACAUUUGCGCUAACGUUUUCGGUUUUUGUCCGAUUUAACCCGUUUCAACAUUUUUACCCCAAAAGUGAACCUCCUGAGGCCGUUUUUUAUGUUUUGUUCCAAAUUUAGAAAGAUUUUGGCGCAAUUGCUUUUUUUUAUUUUCCCAUUCAUUCUCUCUAUGGGGAAUCUACAUUUGCUCUAACUUCUACAUUUUUUAACUGAUUCAACCCGUUCCAACUUUUCAACACGUGUGCAUGCACAAACACACACCCAGACACAUUAGAGCAGCAGGAACGGAGAGAAAGUAUUUGCACUGUAUGUGCUUGUGUGAAUGUGCGUGUGAGGACAUUGUUGUAUUUUCUGCGGUUAAUUAUUAUUAUGUGGGGACAAGCAGUACAGAAAAUGGAUGGAUGGAUGGAUAAUUAUGAUAUAAGUAUUAUCAUUAUAAAGUUACAUUGAUACUGCCUUGACAGUGUCCAUGAAAACAUUAUCAAACAUUAACUAGAAUUUGCAAUUCCUGAAGGAAUUGCGUGUGAAGGUGAAGAAGUUGAAUAAAUAUUUAAGGAAUGUUGCAGAAUGAUGUUGAAACGAGUUGAAUCGGUUGAAAAAUGUAGAAAUGAGAAGGGAAAAAGGAAAUAUUGUAGAAUCGGGUGUGAAUUUCAGAAUAAAAGAUGUGAAUUAUUUGGUAAGUUGUGGAAUAGGUAGAAAUAUGAUGAACAGUUGAAAGUUGGAAUGGGUUGAAUCGGUUGAAAAAUGUAGAAAUGAGAAGGGAAAAAGGAAUUGGGCGUGAAUUUCAAAAUAAAAGAUGUGAAAAAGGAAAUGUAGGAAAAUUGGGUGUGAAUUUCAUACUAGAAAAAGUGAAAAUGCAGGUAAGUGGGAAGUUGUGGAAUAGGUAGGAAAAUGAUGAACAGUUGAAAGUUGGAAUGGGUUGAAUGAGUUGGAAAAUGUAGAAAUGAGAGUAGAAAAACCAAAAUUUGGAGAAUUUUGUUGAAUUUCAAUUUUAAUUUGAACAAUGCAUUCAAUUAUGCAUCAACAUUCAUUCCUUCAUGCAUUCAUGCAUUCAUUCAUACAUUCAUUCAAGCAUUCAUCCAUGCAUUCAUUCACGCACUCAAUUUUUAUCACGUCACCCUGCACACGCGUGACAGUGAUGGCCAGCCCAUCUUGUGGUAUCUUCGGGGGCUGGCUGAAAGUUUUCUGCCAGAUCUGAAGCUUGAUGCUUGUAACUUCGCCCGAAUUGGACACGACCUCCACCACCUCUUCCCCAUAGAGGAUACCACAGACUUAGGGUGAGGCUGGAGUUGCAGGGCUGUUGAAUAAAAAAAGAAUAUCUAAUUAGUUUUUAUGAAUGGAAAACAAAGUUUACCAAAGGCUAAUCAUGCCUCCAAAUAAAGCAAGUGGGAGCAGUAAAGCCAUCCUAGAACACAAAGACGUUAUUAAAGCCACGCGACAGUGAGCGCCCGGCGCGCUGCGGGCGGUUGCGCGAUGGGACCAAAUUAAGCUCCCUGCGCACUGAGGUACACUUCAAUUUUGGAAAGUACAUUAGGACGGUACAAAUAUUUUCAAAAUUUCAGCGACGGCUCUGUCACAAUAAUGCGACCAGCGCGGAGCAGUUGCGCGGUCGGCAGCGCGCUACGGUUGAACGCUGGGCGGAACGCUGCAAUUGCGCGAUGGGACAAAAAUGAAGAAAUGAAGAAAAAAAAAUUGAAGAAAAUGAUUUAUUUAGUCUUGGAACGGAUUAAUUUGUUUUCCAUUGUUUGUAAUGAGAAAAAUAGAUUGGGAACCUUAACCCAGUUAAUCUUGGAAAAGGGAAUAAUAAGCAAAAAGCAAGCACCAUUUAAAUUCCACUGCUAUGAAGCCAUUUACUAACCUUUAUUUCUGUGCAAGUUGUAGAGUGGAGCAUUAGUCCCGAAUCGUUCACCCGGGCACUCAGGUGGGUGAAAAUGAAGGAACCCCCUACUUUUAGUUCAAUGAGAUUAGCCUCACGCCAAAGGCCAAUUUUGACAGCGGCUUCAUCCUGCGUUAGUUUAAAAAAGAGUAUGUGUGCAAAGUGCUACAACAGGGGAAGUACAAAUGGCUACUUACUUUUUUUAGUGUCAAAGUCCGAAAUGGCGCAAGGCUGUUCCCUCUCUGGCGCACCAUGCGGAUUGGACGCAUCUGAAGUGGAGCAAAUUGAGAUGACAAAAAAAAAUAAAACUUUUGGUACCUUAGUACUAAACAGAGCAUUUCAAAGAUAUUGUGUGUGUGUGUGUGUGUGUGUGUGUGUUUGUGUGUGUGUGUCGGUGGGUACAUUACAUGUACAUUAUUGCACAUGCAUCAUGUCUUCACAGGUGUACACAAAGACAUGUGUGUAUAUGUGCAUUUGCGGGUGCAGGUGACUUACAUCGGUUAUUACGCCCUCCAGUGACACCAUCUCCUCAGGUAGUUUAUUCACUACCUCCUGAGGAUAUGAUGCCACUGACUUGGGGUAGACCAGGGCCCUGGCCUCUUCUUCCAGCUGCGGGCUGGUUUGCACCUCGGCCGCCAUGAAUAUUUUUGAGCCGGGUUUGGUGAGGAGCCCUUGGCCACUCUCGUCCACACCAAAGUUUAAAAAAAUGUAACUGCUGCCCUCUGUGACGAGGGCUGCCAAGUGUUCAAACAGAACAAUUUUAUAGGCUUUCUCGUCGUCACAGAGGGCAACAGUUACAUUAUUGUGCUGGCCGUGCAUGGACAAGGUGCCAUCAGCUGCACAAAUCCAUGUUUUUGCACGCAGAGCAGUCCUCAUCGCGACUACUUUAGCGCGGAUCAUGUUUUUCGCCAUUCUGAAAAAGAAAAAAAAGAGAGAAAUUGACUUGUUUAGUUAGUAGAUGACAAAUGGCAAAUUAUUCAUAGAAUAAUUACCAUUAUAAUACAUCUGACUGACUUUGGGAUUAUUUUAUUAGCGACACAACAUAUCAUUACCAUAUUCAAAUUGGAUAAAAAUAAAUGGAUACCACGUAUAAUAAAAAAAAACACAAUUAUUUAAAUGUUAGACUGAAAAGAAAGAGUUUCCCAGCAAUGAUUUUUAACAUCCACCAGAUGGCAGUGCAGUGACAAAGUCAAUAGUUCAUGGGUAUGUAGCAUUUCAAGACUGCUACAAAUUAACACUGGGCAAUGAUUCAAUACUACUGAUCUUACUCGGUCAGUACAUAUCAGUGCUUACAGUUACAAUGUCAUCUGCUAUAUAAAUUUGGAAGCACAUUUCAUAAUGGCGCCUGUGCGGUUUUUGAGGGGGGCUAACCUAAAACAAAGAUUUUAAUAAAAGAACACCGUAAACCAUUUUUAUCCAUUUACGUGUGGCGACUACGAGGUGUCGUCUGAAAUAAAUAAAUUACGCGUCGUGUAUCUUUCCAGAAAUGUCGUUACUCCGUAACGCAAAGUGCAAGCAUCGUGCGUCCAUCUUGUUAGAUGGCAAAUGCACACGGCGGACGAUAGUGUAUAAUACUUAAACGCAAGAGCAAUAAAAUGGGGAAUCCUCCGUCAUAAAUAGGAACGCAGAACAAACAUGUAUUUUCGACUGACUAGUUAAUUAAUAAUUACAAGUUAAUUUGCUAUAUGCGCAUUUCGUAAUGGCGGCCUUUCUUUUUUUUUUUUUUGCUCGACGCAAACCAAAGAUGUGGAUGCCUCGGUCACGAAUAAUGUUCACGUUCAUCAACCGAUGGAAUUAAUCCAUACUAAAUUCACGGAGAAACAACUCCGCAAAAGUCCGUCGUGAGAACAGGAGACUAUUUUUUUCUAUAUGUACAGUUAAUGAGUAAUAACAUGUAAUAGUACAGUAAUAGAACUGUGACGAUGGUAAUUAGAAGUGGGGAAGUGCUACUUUCCCCACUAACGCAACAAUCCUGGUUUCGUUUCGUUUCGUUUAUUUAUUUCAAACAUGUAAAAAAAGAAGAAUAAGCUUAUUGUACACAAUAAAGGACAUGACAAAAUACAUGCAUAUCCACAUACAGACGUACCAACAUUCAUACAUAUACAUAUAGCCGCAAAAGAACCAUAAGUCACAUUCACAUGUCUGAAAAGGAGUAGGAAGAAGUAUAAUUUAUUUAAUCCCACCCCCUAUUUAAUAAUCCCUAAAUACCCAGCCAUAAAUCAUUUUGCCUCAGUUAUCCCAACAAAGUACUAAAUUACUAAAUUAUCCCCCACCUGCUGCUCACUAGACACUAAACAUGUACCAACACACUAUUAAUACGUGCGUAUAUUUCACACACAGACACUUAACAUUCAUUCAUACCUCAAAUACAACACAAAUACCUGAAUGGUAGAAAUAAACCAAAUAAAAACAAAAUAAAAACAGCCUGAACAAGACAAACAGACAAACAAAACCAACAAAGAAACGUAAAUCAAUAAUUACUAAUCACCCCUUAGUACUCAUACACCCUCAUUCCUGUACCUUGUAAAAAUAAUUUCUUCUUUAUAUCUUUUUUUAAACUGAUAGAUGUUUGAACAUUCCCUGAGCGUUUCCUCCAAAGUAUUCCACAAUUUAACUCUACAUAUUGAAAUACAGAAUGUUCUUUUUGUUGUACGUGCCUUCCUAAUCCUGUAAUUAAAUGUCCCCCUUAAUUUAUAACCCCCUUCCCUCCCAAUGAAAAGAUUCUGAAUAUUAGUUGGCAACAGAUUAUUUUUUGCUUUAAAAAGUAUUUGUGCUGUCCGGAAUUCCACUAUAUCUUUGAGUUUGAUGAGUUUUGACUUUAAGAAUAAUGAAUUUGUAUGAUCCCUGUAUCCUGCCCCAUGAAUGAUCCGUAUUGCUUUUUUUUGUAAAAUAAUAAGUGGAUAUAUUGUGCUUAUAUAAUUAUUACCCCAGAUUUCUACACAAUACAUAAAAUAUGGAAGGACUAAUGUAUUAUAAAGGAUGCGAAGUGUUGUAUGAUCCAGAACCUGUUUUGCUCUAUUUAAUACUGCGAUGCACCUUGAGAUUUUAGUUUGUACAUGUUUAACUUGUGAUUUCCAACUGAUCUUAUCAUCUAUUAUCACCCCUAAAAAUUUAAUCUCAUUCACUCUUUCAAUAUUAACCCCAUCCAGCUUUAUCUCUAUUUUCAAAUUAGUUCUGUGAUUACCAAAAAGUAUUACUCUUGUUUUGCUUAGGUUUAAGGAUAAUUUAUUGCUAUCCAACCAUACCUUUAAUUUGCUUAAUUCAUUAUUUAUUAGUGUUGUUAAGGUGUGUAAAUCACUACCAGAACAAAAAAUAUUUGUAUCAUCUGCAAACAAAACCAUCUUCAAAUUAUGUGAUACCUUGCAUAUAUCAUUUAUAUAUAAUAAAAAAAGUUUAGGGCCCAACACUGACCCCUGAGGGACGCCACAACUAAUGUCCAAACACGUUGAACAAGUGUCACCCAACUUCACAAACUGUUUCCUUUUUGUUAAAUAGCUCUUGAUCCAAGCUAAUGGUUCCCCCCUGAUGCCAUACCGAUGUAAUUUAUUGAAUAAUAUUUCAUGAUUUAUUGUGUCAAAUGCCUUUCUUAGAUCAAUGAAUAUCCCAACUGUAUAUUGUUUUAGGUCUAUUGCUUUAGUAAUUUCCUCCACUGUGUCAAUUAUUGCCAGUGAUGUUGCUCUGUUGGAUCUAAACCCAUAUUGACUGUCAGUGAGUAUUUUAUGUUUAUCUAUAAAUUUGUCCAGUCGGUUAUUGAAAAGUUUUUCCAGUAUUUUAGAAAAUUGUGAUAAUAAUGAUACAGGUCUGUAGUUUGUGAAGUGGUGUUUGUUCCCGGUUUUAUACAAAGGUAUGAUUUUUGCUAUUUUCAUUUUAUCUGGAAAUACACCGGUCUGAAAUGAUAGGUUACAGAUGUAUGUUAAUGGUUUAGAGACCCCCUCAAUUACUCGUUUUACGAUACUCAUGUAAAUGUCAUCACAGUCUUUGGAUGUCUUGUUUGUGCAUUGGGAAACUAUCUUUAUAAUUUCUUUCUCAUCCGCUGCUUUGAGGAACAUUGAGCUCAGAUUCCUAUCUAUUAAACUAUUACAUUGCUCCUCAGUUGUUACUGCAUCUGGGAUUUGUUUGGCCAGAUCAGGUCCCGUAUUUACAAAGAAUGCAUUGAAGUUUUCAGCCACUUCUUGCAUAUCAUGCUCAUCAGUAUUCCUGAUAGUAAAAUAUUUAGGAUAAUUAAUUUUUUUAGAGCCAUUUUUUAUUACAGUAUUCAUUAUAUUCCAUAUUUCUUUGGUGUUGUUUUUAUUAUCAUUUAUUAUCUUACUAUAGUAUUCUUUUCUAGCAGCUCUUUUAAUAUUAGUUAGUUUAUUCUUAUAUUGUUUAUAUUUAUUUUCUGCCACUUUAGUUCUUUGUCUUAUAAAUUCUCUGUAAAGUGUAUUUUUCUUUUUACAGGCAUUUUGUAAGCCCUUUGUAAUCCAGGGAUGAUCUACAUACUUUCGUUUCCUAUUAUAUACUUUUACAGGGCAGUAUUUGUCAUAUAACCUUUUGAAAAUUUUUAAGAAUUCCUCAUAUGCACAGUUAAUAUUAUUUUCAUUGUAUAUAAUAUCCCAAUUCUGUGACAUUAAACCAUUUUUAAAUGCGUUUAUUGUUUUUUCUGUUUUAAUUCUUCUGUAUUCUUGUUUUUUGGCCAGUUGGAUGGUUUUAUAGUUGUCAUCAAAAAUCAUAAAAACUGGCAAAUGGUCACUGAUGUCGCUGACUAAUAACCCACUUAUGGUGUUGUUUAAAAUGUCAUUUGUGAAUAUAUUAUCAAUAAGAGUGGCACAGUGAGAAGUUAUUCUGGUUGGUCUAGUGAUUUUUGGAUACAAGUUCAUGCUAUAUAUUGUGUUAACAAAGUGUUCGGUCAGUUUGUGCUUGUUUGGAUUGAGUAAAUCAAUGUUGAAGUCUCCACAGAUGAAAAUUGUUUUGCAACUGACCUUUGAAAAUACCUCCUCCAUCCAUUCUGUGAACAGUUCAAUGCUGGAACCUGGUGUCCGAUAUAUACAGCUAAUGAUUACAUUUUUCUUUUUUUCCUUAAGUAUUUCAAUUGUUAUGCAUUCCAAUAUGUUGUUAACUACCAUUGACAUAUCCUGUAUCACCCUGACGUUUAAUGUCUUUUCCACAUAUAUUGCAACUCCUCCUCCACCUUUGUUUUGUCGAUCUAUGUGUAUAAAGUCAUAUCCCUCCAGCUCAAA